AUGGCGUCGCAAGAUCAUAAAGUACCGUCGAGCGUCACAGAUGAGGAAAGGGAAGCAAUCAAACCUGGGCAGCAGGACGAUGUUGCUGCAGCAUAUACGGGAUACUUUUCGGAAAAUGAGCCCUACUCGCGGAAAGAGGAAGCUUCACUGCGGUGGAAACUCGACAGGAGACUAAUUCCGAUUCUCUGGUUCAACAUUAUCCUCGGCGCUGUCGACAAGGUUGCUACUUCGACCGGUGCCCUCUAUGGCAUGAGGGAGGAUACCGAUUCCACGGGGGAUCGAUACGCUUGGGUCGGCAGCGCCUUUUAUUUUGGUUAUUUAUUCUGGUGUUUCCCUGCUGCCUCUUUAUUGCAAAAGCUACCCAUAGCCAAACUCAUGUCUGGUGUGAUUUUCUUAUGGGGAAUCAUUCUCAUCGCCACGGCGUACAGUCGAAGUUUUCCAGCGAUUAUCACACUCCGAGUCCUCUUGGGUGUCCUCGAAGCCCCAAUCAUCCCCGGAGGCUACUUGAUGCUGACAAUGUGGUAUACAAGAAAUGAGCAAGCUCUCCGAUCGGGUCUCAUGUAUACAAACCUCUCAGUCUUCCUCUCCGGGCCUAUUGGAUACGGCGUCGGUGCCAUUACCGGGGGCAGCCAGUGGCGCUGGUACUUUAUCAUCUUUGGCUCCAUCUCGCUGGUGUGGUCCAUUGUGCUCGGCAUCUUCCUCCCCGACAACCUGGCUCGAGCCAAGUUUGUUACAGAGCGCGAAAAGGCCAUCACGGUGGAGCGGCUCCGGGCAAACCAGGCCGGUAUCGAAAACAAGACGUUCAAGAAGGAGCAGGUGAUUGAGGCUUUUACCGACCCGAAAACGUGGUUGAUGUUUGCCUUCAACAUCUUCUGUAGUAUUCCCAACGGUGCCCUGACUAAUUUCCAAAGCAUCAUUAUCAAGGGUCUUGGCUUUAGCUCACGCCGGGCCCUCCUCCUAGCCAUGGUCGAAGGCGUCGUCGCCACCAUUUCCGCGUAUCUCUGCAACGGCGGUGUCUGGUACCUGACGCGAAAAUGGCCCAAAUUACAAUGCCGCGUGCCCAUCAUCAUCUUGGGCGAACUUGUUGGCAUGAUUGCCUCCAUCUUCUUGUACACCCUGCCGAUUACUGCCAUUGGGGGCCGCCUGGCCGCUCUGUGGAUGGCCAAAUUCUUCCUCGGGCCUUAUAUCGUCAUGUUGGCACUCAACGUGACAAACAUUGCUGGUCACACGAAAAAGGUGACCGUGCAAGCAAUCGUUUUCAUUGCUUACUGCAUAUCCAAUAUCGUAGCGCCACACUUCUUCAAGGAUGAUCAAGCUCCGCUAUACCCCCUUGGGACCGGUGCCAUCUUGGGAAGCUAUGUCCUUUCCAUCAUUACCAUCGCCAUGUAUGCGGGGUACUGUUACUGGGAGAAUUGCCGGCGUGAUCGAAUUGAUGCCACGGCUGGGGAACGCGUACACGAAGACACGGACUUCAAGGAUUUGACUGAUCGUCAAAAUAUCCACUUUAGAUAUGUUUGGUAG